AUGGUUGUCAUCAACAUUGCAUACAGCGCCCCUGUUAACCCAACAAGCGCCUCUCCUGUCCUGACAGAAGCCCAGGUAUGGAAGGGCCUCCAGCGCAAAGUCCGCAAAGCACACGAAUUCGUUGCGCCCAUUCUGGACUGCGAAGUUAUCAACGAAGAAGAGACCGAAACAGGAACAAAGGUGACGCGCCAAGUCACCUUCGACAAGGAUGCACGCGGCGAUGCCGAUGCUGUUGUGAAGGAGAUAGUCUAUGAAUUUGCCCCAACUCGUGUCGACUUUCAUCAGCCAGACGGGAGUAAGAUCUUCAACAUUGUCAGUGUUGAUGAGCAUGGCAACUUACUCAUGACUUAUGCUUUUGAAUGGCGACACCCGGAGCUGGAGGCAGAGAGUGAGAAGAUUAAGGAACAAAGGCAGAAGUAUUCAACGAUGGCAAAGGCAGCCGUUCAUGGUUCGAUUGAUACCAUCAGGCGAUUGGUACAGGACGGCGAAAUUUGA